ACGGUGCUUGCUCGACUCUCUCUGCCCACGACGCCCUGUCCCGUUCGCAAGUCCCAAACCCUAACACUACCGAGUCGCGACAACGAGCCAGGAGAGGGCGGUGGCCGGUGGGCGCGGACAGGCGUCGAAGGGCGGCAGUCCGACGGCUUGAAGGCGGAAGGUCUCUUUCUUUGUGAUAUCCUUCUGCUGUUAGCUCCAUCACAAGGAAAAUGGCAAGCAAUGCAGGUGGUGAUGGCAAAGAACCCAUAAAUGAGCAAGUAGUUGCAAAUAUUUAUGCCAAUAUGCGCACCGAAAUGAAUCAACUCUACACAAAGAUCACGGAGCUGGAAAUGGAAGUCAGCGAACACUCUCUUGUGAUUGGCGCAAUCGAGCCGUUGGACCCCACAAGGCGUUGCUACAGAAUGAUAGGUGGAGUCCUAGUUGAGAGGACCAUCAAGGAAGUCUUGCCUGCCGUCCACCGCAACAAGGAGGGCCUUGAAGAGGUUGUUGCCCGUAUGAAGGAAGCGCUGGAGAAGAAAAAGAAGGAGAUCACCGAGUUUGAGCUCAAGUACAAGAUCAGGAUCCGGAAGGGCGACGGCAAUGCCGAGGAAGAGGGCAGCAAGAAGGAAGCCUCCGCGCAGGGUGUUCUUGUUGGGCCUGCCGGCCAGUAGAGCAGAAUGACAGAACAGUGAGAUUUGCAUAGUUAUUUUGCUGGAUAUCAACUGGUGUCAGUUCUUAUUAGUUUUUGGGUGCUAUCAUGCUACGCUUGUGUGGUACUACUGUUGAAUCCUCAUGUGUAAAACUAGAGAUCAUGCUAGAGCAGAACUUUGGUUGGUGACUGCAGAUUUUUCAAAAGUUGCAGCAUGACUUGCACAUCUUUCUGUUGUUGCGCUUCGGAAUUUUCCGUUUGUUGAUGACAUGUUUCAAUUCAAGACGAAUUUUGCCGCUC